GCGACAGGCAGCGGCGCCAUUUUCGAAACAUGUGCGUGAUGGUGUUUGUAAACAGAACAUAUGUUGACGGUAUAUGAUCAAGGAAUUUGACGUCAUGUUUGAUCAUUGUCAGCCUGAUAACCCGGUUUAUCCAUAGUUUGAUUUGUUAAUGAGAUUAUUGAACUGUUUGGUUGUAACAGUGCGCAGUGACGUGGCGACUGACAGCUAGUGUCGUGCACUGACCUUGACAGCUGAAACUUUCAGCACCAGGAAUUCGGAAACAUAUCACAGAUUACCCACUGUUCCCAGGAUGCCGACUCCCCGCAGCCUAGGGACGUUCCCCAUCAGCCCUGCAAUGAAGGCUAAGUUGACCACCGCAGGCUUCCUGACCGUCUCCGAUCUGCAGGACCUCAAGCCAAGCGAGCUCAGCAAGGAGUUAGGCGUGACUGCUGAAGCGGCCCUCGAGGUCAUCAAGACAGUGUUCCAGGAGGACACAGGGGGGAGUGGCAGCAGGAGGUCGUCGACAAUGAGGUCAGUCACGGCGUUGGAGAUGUUGCAGGUUGAACAGAGUCUUCCAAACAUUUUCACCUUCUCAGAGAAACUUGAUGACAUCCUAGGUGGAGGUGUACCUCUUGCCAAAAUCACAGAGUUCUGUGGUGCCCCAGGAAUUGGUAAAACCCAAGUUUGCAUGCAGCUCGGCAUUGAUGUCCAAAUUCCUGAAUGUUUCGGUGGUCUGGAUGGAGAGACUGUUUACGUAGACACAGAAGGGAGUUUCAUUGUUGAGCGGAUGGUGGACAUUGCAUCUGCUACAGUUGAACAUUGUAACAAUAUCGCACAAAUGGAUGGCUCAGACGGUGACAACUUUAAUUUAGAAAAACUGUUAUCGGGGAUCCACUAUUUCCGUUGCCAUGACUACAUAGAGCUUUUGUCCACUGUACACCUAUUGCCAAAAUUUCUUUCUGAGCAUAAAAAGGUGAAGCUUGUCAUAGUGGACAGUAUCGCAUUCCACUUCCGUCAUGAUUUUGACGACAUGUCGCUGCGAACACGCCUCCUCACAUCCAUGGCCCAGAGCUUCAUCAGGCUGGCAACAGAGCACAAACUAGCUGUAGUGCUGACCAACCAGAUGACCACCAAGAUGGGUGGGGGUGCAGCUGGGGGUUCCCACCUAAUCCCCGCCCUGGGGGAGAGCUGGGGACACGCCAGCACCAUCAGGGUAGUGCUGUACUGGGAGGGCAAUAACAGAUACGCCCUGCUCUACAAGUCACCCUCAAAGAAAGAAGCUGUGGUGCCGUUCCAAAUUACGUUGGCCAUCAGGGCCUGGUGCCUCCUGCAGGCUUUAUCUACAGGCCCUGAAUGA